AGAAAUUUUAAAUCAUUUAUACACGAGGAAGUUAAGAUAUAUCUCCUCCAUUCAAACAUUAAAAUUCUAAAUAUCACAGGAGCAGGUCUAUCCGGUUGGUAAUUUAGUUCAAUCACAGUUCUAGUUCGUCGCUUUUUCCUGUCCGACGUAUUACAUAUUUGGCGAAAUUCUACACCGGAAGUUAACCUGUGAAGAAGGUCUUGAACGGAAGUUUUGAUAACACGGUAUCUUUGUGAAAGGAAGGCCAGCGUUUUUCAUCAAAAUGGUGAAUUGUUUAGUAAUCACGGCGAUAAUAUGUGUAUUGGUAACAACCGUGGGAACAAUAGUGUCUUUUGCAACCCCGAAUUGGCUGAGUGUGAGGGUUCCAGCGGGUGUGAUGAAUAAAAGAGUGGACGUCUGUGAUUGUUCCUCCACAGAUUGUGAUUGUGGGCUGUGGCUCAAUUGUCGAGGGGGGCCUUCCUCGGCAGGCUCGCUCAACAACUGCCAGUGGUAUUUCGCCAAUGAGUUCGCCAUUGAAAAAAAUCUACCAGACUGGUUCAAGGCCGUGCAGGGCUUGAUGUCGUGUGCUGUAGCCAGCUCCAUGCUCUCCCUCCUGAUUGGACUAUUCUCUCUCUGCUGGAGCUCCAAGGGAUGUAACCCAUACCAAGCCACCGGAGCCUUUGCCAAUCUUACAUUUCUACUGCUGGCCGUGGCGAUUUCGUUGUUUGGAGCCAAGGCUUACCUGGAGAACAAGGCGGAAGUUUUGACGGACAAGAGCCGGGAUACGGACCAUAUCCUGCUGUUUGGGUGGAGCUUCUGGGUGGCAGUCGGAUCUACGGCUCUCUCCCUGAUUGCCAGUAUACUCUACUUCUGUGUGGGAAGGAACGAGGAGGAGUACAACUAAAGACACUGUAUGCAGUUAAUGGGAAGGGGAUUAACUAAAUACACUAUGUGCAGUUAAUGGGAGGGGGAUAAACUAAAGACACAGGGUGCAGUUAAUGGGAAGGGGAUUAAGGGGAAGAAUAUUCAAACCAUUAAUUCAAAUGCACUAGCACUUGAUUUGACCCUAAUUGACCAUGAUUCAGAAAUUUCAAUAUUUUUUACUUACCUUUGAUACUUUUAAUGAUGAUCAUUAAACAGGGGCCUUAUAUUUUCUAUGUGUGCAAUAAACGUUAUUCUGGUUCUCUUUACGUGGACUCCCCAUUGUUGUUGUAACUGAUGGAAAUACUGUACACAGAGCCCACCAGUAUAUGUACUGUAAGUCUCGUGUUUAUCUGACAGUCCUUUGAAGCUUAUGCUACACCCAUGGAAGUCAUUUUAUCUUUAAGUAGCAAAAGAAUCAAAGGAAUGUUGGAUCGGCUCCAUCAGCGACAGUCUUGCAUACAUUUUCUAGGUACAGAAAAUCUACACAUCAUAUCAAAUUUCAAACAGCGAGUCAAACAAGUAGUUUACUUGAUUUAACCAUGUAUUAUUUAAGAUUUUUUUUUUGGUAAAUAUAUAUAUUCUUGUUAUAAAUGAUGCAUAUAUGUACAGUAAUAUUUUCCUGUUUGAUAUGGAAUAAGCAUAUUCAUAAACAAUUUUACAGGUAUUUUUUAUAUGUAAACUUUUGAAAUACUUUGUGGCAUCAUUUUAUUAAUCAGAUUCUCAACUACUGUAUUUUUUACCGACAAGAUCUUUUUUGAAUAUACAUGGAAUUGUGUACGAAAAAGAGGACAUAUCAAUAAAGUGCCUUGAUGUUGUGAAACAUACAUGCUUUAGAUGUUGGAGGCAUGAAUUUCCACAGGUUGUUUGAUUUUUUACAUUAGAAACUUUUAAGAUUGUAUUAAACUGUUUCUUUGAACAAAGCAAAGUUGUGACUCACGAAUUUUGGUGAGAGAAAAAAACAACUUGUACGAUAUGUUAAUUGCAUUAAUUAGGUACACUUAUUUGUAUAUUGCCUGUGUGAAAGUUGGCGUGUUUAAUUUGAUAAAUUCAGUAAAGGAUAUUAGACUGCAUAUAGUGAAACUGUCUAACGUGCCAAAGUUAUGUACGGGAAAACUUACAUGAUCUAAACAAAUGUCAAGGGCAGAUAACUCUUGUUAUUCUGAGGUUAUUCAGAUAUUGAGUUUCAUGUAUAAAACUUUUUAGAUACUCAGAUUUACAAAAAAAAAAUUGAAACUAUACUAAAGUUCCAGUGAACUGUUGUAUAUUACAUGUAUAGUGUAUAUAAAUAUUUAUUCAACUUGUGUAGAUUCAUUAAACAUAACAUUAUCUAGUCACAAAUUCACUGUUGUAGCUUUAAUAGAAGGUAAUAAAUGUCUGAUAGUGUUGGACAUGUUAUGGACAUAUUAUGGCUCUUUAUUCAUCUUUAUUUAUUGUUUGAAUCGCUUUGAUAAGUUAUGAAUACAAUAAGGUAAAAAUUUCAACAGAUAUUUUUUUUAAUAAUUUGAAAGAUCUAUACCUAUUUAUAUCUGAAGAGUAGAAUUUGUUAAAUUCUGUCAAAUUUCUCCAAUUGCCAUAAAUGUGUGCCAUGCAAUAUAUUCAUGCAAAUGUUUUAGGAUUUUUAAAAGAUAGCAAGAUGUUAGUUUUCCCAGUAUUUGUAAAACAAUGUUAAACAAACAGUGAGCACUAGAUCUGUGGUAUAUGUGUGUGGUUGAGUGUGAUUUUAAUGUGGUGCUGUCGUGGUGAAUGAUAAUUCUGUGGUGCUUUAUUAUGUUUAAGAGAGCCACAAUGGAAACAAUAUUUGACAAAGCCAUUCAUAUCUUGUACAUUCAGUAAUCAUUAACGACCCCUAAUGUUUUGAUAAAUUACUCGAUACACCGACAGGAAAUAUUGGUACAGUACCUAAAACUUAACACUGCUUUGUCUUCCUGAUCAAAGCAGAUCAAUUUUGGUUUUGAUAAAUACUUAGUUUUAUGAUUAUCCUACAUAUACUGACAUGAGUUUUUAACAAACCAAACUAUAUAACUACAUGUACUGCAUUGAACUAGUGUAUACAUAUGUGUAUUUCAUUGAUGUACUUUCGACAUUUUAAUCAUCAUAUAAAUCACUAACUGUGAUUGGGGCACAAUGUCACAACAUUUUUAAUGCUCACACUGAGAGCUCAAGUCAUUAGCAUAUUUGAUCAUUUGAAAAGUGUUAGGCUGAUGUCUAGUGUUUUUGUUUUGAAAAUUUCUAUCCUUUGGAUUUUUUUACAUCAAAAGAGUUCCAUUUUUUUACCAGUACAGUAUAUGUUUUGGAUCAAAAUCUUAAUGUUUAGACUUUCUUUUUGUCAGAGAUUCAUUAUGUAAACUUUUUUGAACAAAAUUUAAAUGUACCGAUAUCUUUUUUCUUGAAACAUCAUAAUUCAAAGUUACUGAAUGAUUGUUGAAUUUUUUUUAGUACAGAUUUUCUUAGCAUCUGCUGACCUAUUGAGAUUCUGCUCAGGACAUUGUUGUGUGUGCUUAUACAUUGUAGAUUGUUCUAUUCAUUUGUAAUGCCAUUAUAUAUAGCAUGUCACCACCCUGUCUAAGUGAUAACUGUUGAGCAUUUCUGUAUUUAUUUUGAAGCCCGUUUUUUUAGCCUUUUUGUCAGAUUUUGUUACUUGUUAAUGUAUGACUAUAUUUGUAUGUUUUACUAUAGAUUUUACACACGUCGAUACUAUAUGUACGUGUUUAUGACUCAUCGUCGCCUAUCAUAUGCACUGGUUAUGGUAGAUUUUAUAGUUUAGAAUAAAAGUGUCAAUGUAUUAAA